GGUUGGGGUUGGGGUUUUCUCCUUAUUCUUUGCCUUGUCUUUUGGGUUCAGGGCACAAGGAGAGCCAGACCUUGGCCCCAAGUUUAGGGGUGUCCUGUAUGGGAAGCUGGUAGGAUCUCACUAAGGUUCCUUUUGCUCCUCUCUGCAGUUGUGCUGUCCCUAUGAGCUCUCCAGAGCUGAGCUGCAGGGUGGUGCCACCAGGCCCUGCAGGUGCCACAUCCUGGUGGCACAGAAGGAUGCUUUGUGACUAUGGGGGUACAGUCCCAGCUCUGUGCCCUGCUCCUGGUGGGCUGUGGUGCAGGGCUGUCCUGGUGCUGGCUGUUUGUCUGUCUGCCACUGCUCUGCCCCACGUUCUGGGCUCACUGGUGGCCUCGUCCCCCAGCCCCUCAUCCCAGAGGGGCAGCCUGGUGGCACUGCACAGGGACCUGCUUGGCCAACCCAGGAGGGCACGGAUGGGUGCUGAAGGCACUGUGGGGUGCUUCCAUGGCGAAGAGGAUUUGUACAAUACAACAGAUACUGAGAGCCUGGGGACACCGACUGGAACCAUGACACUGGAGCUGGAUGCCAACAGCGUGACUGUGUCCAACCCACCUGCACCCAGCAGCUUCUCCCAUGUCCAGGAUGAAACUUCUGUUGUUGCAGCCCCAGAAAGGAGCCAAGGACAGGAGCAAACUUCUGAACUGGAGUCCCUUCCAGAGUUCUCCUCAGUACUGCCAAUAGCAGGCACAUCUAGCUGGGAUGGAAGCCAUCCUAGCACUGCGUGGACACCUGCCCUCAUACCUGGAGGAGCAGAUGCUGGUGGAGAAGCUGCUCUGGUGGUGGGCACCAUUGGGGCUGAGGUUCUGGGAAAUGCAUCCAGGCUUACAGCCAGCACCUCAUCGUCACCUCCUAGUGCUGCACCUCAUGGUGUCAGCCACCCACCUGAGCUGGCUCCGUCCCUUCCUACAGAGGGGCUCGGGGGCCCUGCUGUCACCUUGGAGGAACCCAGUGAUCUGUCCCCUGCACAUCAGGCUGUGCCACCACUCACUGAAGCCCAUCCUGUCCCCAUUUGGAUGUGGCUCCCCAGCACCACAGGUCCCACCGAGGCUGGGGAGAGCUUGACAUCCCCUGGUACUACCCCAGAGCCUGGAGCCACAGAAGCCCUGUGCCAGCAUGGAGCAGCUGUGGGGGCUUCCUGGUGCCCAGAAACAGCAGAUGUGACCCAGGGCACCCCACUGGGGUUGCACACCCAGAUGCCUUCUCCAGCAGGACCUCCAGAGCACACACCGAGCUCCGUGCAUCCUCCCAGCUCCAAGCCUUCUGCUGCAGAGCCUUAUACCAGUUCUCCAUCUCCAACCCACCUGCCAGCUUCCGUUGACACCACUCAUGCCCCAAGCUCUCAGACUCUAACUGCAACAACAUUGCUCAUAUCUGCUGCCCAUCCCAAGUCCAGCCCUUUGUUUGCCACUUCCCAGCACCCCUCUGCAGCCAUAGAUGAUGUCCCUACCACCACCAGUGGGGUGGCAGCAGGAGAAUCCUUCACUCCAGAGCAACUUGUGACAACUGUGGGCAAUGCUGGAUCCAUGGGGACAAAGCCCCCUGUGCACACUCUGCCCUUGAGCUUCAGGCUUUUGGGCAUUGCCUACACUGAAGAUCUGAGCAAAAAGUCCUCGAGGAGCUACAGGGAGCUGGAGAAAGAAGUGAGGAUGAUGCUGCACCAGAUGCUGUCUACCUAUGAUGCCUUCCUCCAAGCAAAUAUCCUUGGGUUUAUGAAUGGCUCAGUGCUGGUGCAAGCACAGGCUGUGUUCCGGGGGGAGGCUCCCAGCAGCUCUCAUGUCAUCCGCACGCUGGUGGCAGGGGUGAGCCGGGGGCAUGAUGCCCUCAGCUGGUGGCUGGAGCCCCAUUCCAUCAGCUCUAAUGGUUUCAGCUUGGAGAACCUGGACCCUGAGAAGCUGUCCAUCUCCUUCACAGUGCUGGGUGGGAUGGAGCCUGCAGAGAGGCUGGUUGGUGAGGUGAUGCUGUUUCUCAGUGCCCUCUACCCCGUGAGGAACGUCACUGUUGGCCAGCUCAGAAACAUCAAUGGGGACCUGGAGAUGGCUGGGGACAUCUACCUGGACACCACCACCCACGCCAACAUCACUGCAGUCCUGCAGGCGCUCACUGCUCUUGCCACGUGCUCUGUGGACCUGAGCUCGCUCUCAGUGCAGGGUAAGGAUGCAGAUCCCAUGGGUGUCAGUGCUGGUGGCUGUUUCUGCUCACCCAGCUCUCCUCCUGCCUCCCCAGGGGCCAGGCUGCAGCUGCAGGUUUACCCACUCUCCUUCCUGGUCACCAACCGGCAUUUCAGCAAGGAGCUGCUGGAUCCACUCACUGCAGAGAACCAGGAGCUCAGGAGGGCUCUCGGAAAUGUGGUGGCAAAAGCCCUGAGGGACAAUGGGAGCUUCCUGCAAGUGGUGAUAAGAGGAUUCCUGCCUGGCUCCCUGCUGUGCCAUGGGGAUGCAGUGUUCCAGCCUCCUGCUCCCAGCAGCCUGGAGGUCCUGGAGGCUCUUGUUCUUGCAGUUGGGCCAGAUAAGGCCUGGGCUGACUCAGACUUCCAGGUGGAUCCAUACUCCAUUGCUGUAGGAGAGGACACCCUGGAGCCCCCUCCUGCCCCUGGCUUUCCUGAGUACGGUGUGGCCAUCAUAGUUGUGUGUGGCCUCAUCAUCAUCACCAUUCCUGUCAUCCUGCUGGUGUGCCUGAGGACCGAGAGGUUUGGCUGGAGUGAUGUGGCAGUCCUGUGGGACAGGAGAGACCCUGAAGCAGGGACGCAGACCCUCGAAAUGGAGAACCAGGGGUUCUGGGCAACCUCUGAUGAGGCCUCUGAGGAGACUCCUGAGUGCUGGCAAAGGGAAUCUAUGGCCUGCUGAGAGUUGAGGCAGCUGCUGGGGCUGAGGCAGAACCAGUUUGUUGGGGGAGAGAUGCUGAGAAGCUGUCCCUGCUCACCCUUCGGUUUUGGAUGCCAGAUGUUCUCUGAGACAAGUGUAAGGAAAGAUGAAUUUGUAUGUUAAGCUUUAAUAAACUGUUUAUAAGCUAU